AUGAGGGACUGCGCAUAUUCAUCAUUGAGCAUUCUCCUGUCGCUGGCUACCAUUCUGUGUUAUGCUGAAGACACCUGUCCAGGUGAGCUAUGAUUGAUCCCUCACUCUGAUCAUUGAUUUUAUAUUUUUACUGAUUGGAGAAGUUUACGUAGAGUUUAUCUUUCAAACAGUAAGCUACUGUGAACAGACAACUGAAUUUGACACAUUUUGGUAAACUUGCUUAUAAACUACUUACAAUUAUAAAAUAAGUAACAAAAGGAAAAAGUAAACUAAAAUCAAAGUUAAUGUGAACACUUGUGGUGGGUGUGAAAAAAAAACAUAUUUAUAUACACAAUCCUCCUUUAUAAAGGGAUUCCCAUACUUUGAAUGUCAGUCAGUGAUUGGAUGGUUUGAUAGCUAAAGAAUCAGAUCACUGACAGGCAAGUCUCAAUUCUCAACGGUCUUGUCCAGUAAUGUAUACAGACGUACAUCUAUACUAUUUAUGUUUUAUUACUGGGAAGACUCAGUUGGAUGUCAGAUCUCUCUGUGGAUGAAUGGAUAGCUGGAUGGAUAGAUGGUUAAGUUUUGGAUGGAGGGAGGGGUUGAUAUUGUUAAAAUCAGUAAUUAUUUCUAUAGAAUGAAGAUGUAAAAUAACAGAUGAAAUUAAAAUCUUCUAAUACUGCUUUUAUUGGACUAACAGAAUUUAGAUCUUCCCUUUAUCAAGUCUGAAGCUAAGAAAGUGAGAAAUGCUUUAGACUUGACAAACAGAGGAUCUGUUGCCAAAAUCCCAAUAGUCCGAUAAAUAAGGACUUACUAGAUACUUAUUUCAUCUCUUAUUUUACUUCUACAUCACUGAACUCAUACAGUUAAAAUUUCAAACUAAAUCUUGAAUCAAGGAAAGUCUUUAUAAAACAAACUGUAUAAUGUAAUGUCACUGUCACUGAUCUUUACUUUAUAAUGUCUCUAGUCAUGUAGUCAAUAAACAACUAAUUGUAGGGACUUUAGAACCAGUUUGGAAGCUGUUGGAUAAAAUAAUCGUGUUUGUAUUUAUCUCCAAAAAUUGAAAAAACAACAAAAAAAGCCUCUAUUCACUGAAGACAACCUCAGUGAAAAAAGCUUUUCACUGGAAUAAAUAAAUAAAUAAAUAAAUGGCAUAUAGCUUGAAAAAAAUUAAAUAAAGAAAGGUCAAUGAGAUCCAAACCCUAGGAACUUGCAAAAAGUGGCGUGAACAAAACACUAACUAAGCCUUUCGGCGAAACCUCUCUUAGAUCCACUAAAAUUGAUUUAACUAGCAAGACUCUCUGACUUUAUUCAUAAUUAACUAUGUCACAGUCUGCAUAAUAAUGUAAUGCUCAGUGGAAACAAUUACAAAAGAUAUCCCAGAUACUUAAAAGGUGACCAUAAAGAUUAGAAAAUAAUAAGGUAGCUAAAACAUUGGCAGCCUAAAGUGUACACAGGGAGAAAGCAUCAGAACCAUUGGGUCUCCCUAUCAGUGUAGACUCAAUAAUGCUUAAAUAAGUUGCCUGUAUGUAUCAAAUCAAAUGUUACAAAAUUUGACAUUCAAUAUAGCGUAUCUAUUUGAAAAGCUGUUACUACAGCCGAUCGUAAAGCAAUGUGAGCUACUAAUGUAUCACCCAUUCCAAAGUAUCUAGAAACACAAUCAAAGUUUGUAAGAGAGGAAAUAGAAAAAAAGUGAAGAAUGCACUAAGUAGUGUAAAAGGGCAGAACCAUACUUAGAAUGUUGGUUACCUGCCCUGAGUGUAAAGUGCCCAGUGCGGAAAAAUAGUGAAAGAGUGACAGGAGGACCCGACACGCGUUUCGGUGCUUAAGACAUGCACCUUCAUCAGGGGAAAAGUUGGAAGUUCCUUAGGAAUUAUUUAUAUAUCCUAUGGUGAGAAUAGUCCAGUAAUUAUCAAUUUUUAUCAAUUUUUGUUUAUUAAUUAGGGGUUAAGCCCCAGGACACCCACUGGAGUGUCCAUUAAGGUGCUAAUUUGGAUUCCCUAGGAGGGAGGCUACCCCGCAGAUUGGGUCGCCUCACCAUCUCUUGGGUCUCUAAAUUUCCUCUCUUCGAUUUUUGUAUUUAUCUCCAGUUCAGAAGAUAUGUUGAUUUUUAUUUUCAGUUUUCUAUUUUGGGCUAAAAGUUUUAAUCCCAUUCCUAAAUUAUCCCAAAUAAUUUUAGUUAAUAGAACUCAAUAUCUUCUGUAAAAUAUGACGAGUGUGAGUUUGCAGAGUAAAAUGAAAGAGGUCCAGGCACUCCUUGGUUCAAGACUGGCACUUUAUUGGAACCACAACAGCAACGUUUCGACCCAAGGGUCUUAACAAAGGUUCCAAUAAAGUGCCAGUCUUGAACCAAGGAGUGCCUGGACCUCUUUCAUUUUACUCUACCAAAUUGGGAAUCUGGUGUUUGGUUCCGGUACAGCAAGCACCCUGGCUCAGACUGAUGGGAGUGAGUGCAGUUCCACACACACUACAAAAGGAGUGUAAGUUUCCAGACAAAACCAUUGAACCUUAUAAUGUCAGCAACUGUUUUGAAAGUUACGUAAUUGACGAACCUGUAAUUAUUAUCCAUAUUGUCGGUAUAAUUAUUAUUAUUUCAAUAGUAUUGUAAAUUUACACAGUGUUCUACUAUGCAGUUAUUUUACAAUAAGUAAUUGGCAGACGUGAGACAAGAAAAAAGCCUUGCUCAAAUGAGCUCACAAUCUAAACGUGAUUAAUAGCAAAAGGGCAUUUUUUUUCUUUUUUUCUUUUUUAUUCACUUAACAGCACUAUCGUCCCAGCUUGGCUUUUUUAACCUAAAAUAUGUAAUUUGGUUUUUAAUUCACUACAAUUUGAUAUUCUGUGAAUAAACCCCUAACUGGGGAAAGAUAUAUAUAUAUAUAUAUAUAUAUAUAUAUAUAUAUAUAUAUAUAUAUGACGUGUUACUUUCUGGGCAGAUGUGAAGCUUAUUGGCAUUGGCGAGUCGGACAAGCUGGCAAUUUUGCGAGGAUGUCCGGGAAUUCCUGGAACACAAGGAAUACAAGGAGUGCAAGGACCAGCAGGACCUAAAGGUGAUCUCAGAUGUAUCGACCCAGAGGUUAAUUAUCAAAAUGAUGUCAUUGUGUAUUUUUCAGUUAAUGUAUCCUGUUUGAGAGUCCUAAAUUACAAUGUAAAAUGGUUUUUGGACAAAAUAUAUUCUCCUAACCCCUGUGGUGUCUUAUAUUUAGGAGAAAAUGGCUCACCUGGAACUCCCGGGAAGAUGGGACCAACAGGCGUUAAAGGUAAACUAACUCUAUAGCAAUAUUUUGGCAGAAUACGAAAUUAGAAUACAGAAUAUGGGAUCACAUUUUUAUUGUCAUGACAACUGUACAAAGCCUUUUCUCCCUUUCACUUUAUAUGUAGAAAGAGAGAGAUCAAUAGGAAUGUCGAGUUCUAAACCUGAUACAAUCACCAUAGAAAUUAGAUUUUGAAUGUAGAACCUUAUCCCAGAAUCAAAGAUCAGAACUGUCAUCAUGGGGUAAGGGGCUCUGCCAAUAUGCUGGUAAGGGGCUCUGCCAAUAUGCUGCGGGCCAUCUAUGUGGACUGGUUGGGUUCUAUCACAGCGGCCCCUUACUUCAUGCUUUCCUUUCACCCACAUGGGGCAUCGCUGCAACUGCUCCACCCCAACCACCGCAGAAGGAAACCACGUGGGAGGGAAAGGAAUAGACUGCAGCACUGGUUCAGCCCAUUCCCCACUAGAAACCAUGAAAGUCACCGACCGGCAGCAACGGAUAGACAGAGAGAAAGAUGUCUAGAACCAAGAAGGAUUUAGUGUAAAAAUAUAUCUUUGGCCAUGUGUAUUGAUGUGUGUACCUGUGUGAGUGUGCUAGUCAUUGAAUGAGCAAUAUACGUGGACCAUACAUUGUCAUCACAUGGUCCCAAUCCGUGGCCAGGUUAUCUCUGCAUCUUACAUUAAAAUGGGUGGAAAGGACCUACUGAGGGUCUUAUAAUUAUAUAGAUUUUAUUCUCCUCCACAGGUGAUAAAGGGGACACAGGAGCACUAGGACAAAAAGGUAAUAAAUAGGUAAAUUCAGGAUAAACUCAGACUUGUGAGUAAAUAAAUAGCAGAUAAAAAUUAUAAAGAAUAAAGUAAUGAACAACCAACAUUGUUUCUUGAGAUGUGAAUGUGUGAAAAAAAUAGUUUCAUGCACGUUUUGUUUCAGUUCGUUGACUUUCGAAUUGUCUGAAAUUCAGGAAUUAUCCAUUUCGGACAAAUUGAAAUUCAGAAAAAUUUCGGAACCAAGUUCAGACACAAUUAUAUUUUCAAAGGAUGCCAAAUCUGAUUUAAGGACUUUAUCUAGAAAACAAGUGAAAGACCAAAUUUAAGAGAAAGGGUAUUUAUUAUUUUUGAUCUUUCAGCUGUUUAUUAGAUAGCUCCCUAAUUUGGUGUCCUAUACUUACGUGGGAUUGCCAUUAUUAAGGGUACCAAAUAAGGAAUGUAUGUACUAAGCAACUGACGGAGAAAAGUGAAGAAAAUGAUUUUUCUUAUUUUUGCUAUUUAGGGAGCUACCUACUAAUCAGCUGAAAGAGUAUAACAUAGGAAGAGCCCUUUCUUUUAAUGUUGCUACUUUAAUUGUUUUGUAAAGAAAUCAGAAAUGUGGACACAUCCAAGAACUAAAGUUCAUUGUCUGUUUCUUUAAUUUAAAUAUAUGUUUCAUUUAAAAGGAACUGAAACAAUUACUGGGGAAUCUGGGGGAAUCCACUAAACGUGACACUUUUAACACAAAACAUUUGAAAUGUGUAACGUAAUUUUAUCAACGCUGCAUUUAUUAACUCCCAAUGCUAUUACAGAGCCGUUUAUAGUGAUACAAUAUGUAAUGUCUCUAUUUCUACAUACUAAAUAAAAAACCUUAAUUUACAACAUCAGUGUUGAAAAUGUAUAUAUUAUUUUUUUGCAAAAAAAUGUUUUUAAUGUUUUAUUUAUAUUUUUAAACAUUUCUUUGUUCAGGUGACAAGGGAGAUCACGGUGUACCUGCCCCUGGAAGUAAGUAUCACACCUUGUAAAUACAUAGAAAUCCAUUUUGUUAUAUAAUAUAUUAGGUAAUUAUUUGUUCCAUUAAUUGUAAUCAGAGAUACUAAAUGCAUGCUAGAUUCAGUUGCUGUCUAUCAACAAGUAAAUUCUGGCAUUUUGUGUGUUUUAAUAAGCAGCGAUAUUUAAUCUCCCUUUUUGAUUGGCUGCAUUCAACUGAAUCAGGAAGUCAAACAGCUAACCGUCCAAUCAGCAUGAUCCUCUCUCUUUCCUCCAGCUGCCCAGAACUGUAAGGAGCUCUUGGACUAUGGAGCUUCUCUGAGCGGUUGGUACACAGUAUACACAAACAAUGGGCUUCCUCUGACUGUGUACUGUGACAUGGAGACUGACGGAGGAGGAUGGCUAGUAAGUAUGGCCACUAAGGUUUACUUUCCUAGCAGACUACAGCUAAGGCAGACAUUAGACAGGUUGGUAAAAGUGUUUCCAGGGCUGCUCUUAAAUAAAAAAAAGUGUGUUCUACCAGCAAGAUUAUCUUAACUUGCAUUUCCACUUAUGCCCACCAGGGGUGUCUGCAAUAUUGCUCUAUGUAACAUUGCCACCACAACUCUAGAUUCAUUACUUUUAUAUAUAAGAAAAAUUCCAGGGCCCAGAUCACCAGAGCUUAUCCUUUAAAGGACCACUAUAGUGCCAGGAAAACAUACUCGUUUUCCUGGCACUAUAGUGCCCUGAGGGUGCCCCCACCCUCAGGGACCCCCUCCCGCCCGGCUCUGGAAGGGGAAAGGGGUAAAAACUUACCUUUUUCCAGCGCUGGGCGGAGAGCUCUCCUCCCCGUCGGCUGAAUGCGCACGCGCGGCAAGAGCUGCGCGCGCAUUGAGCCGGUCACAUAGGAAAGCAUUCAUAAUGCUUUCCUAUGGAUGCUGGCGUGCUCUCACUGUGAAAAUCACAGUGAGAAGCACGCAAGCGCCUCUAGUGGCUGUCAAUGAGACAGCCACUAGAGGAUUAGGGGGAAGGCUUAACCCAUUCAUAAUUAUAGCAGUUUCCCUGAAACUGCUAUAAUUAUGAAAAAAUGGGUUAACCCUAGAAGGACCUGGCACCCAGACAACUUCAUUAAGCUGAAGUGGUCUGGGUGCCUAGAGUGGUCCUUUAAGAAGAAAUGUGUAACAAUAAGAUUAGGAUUGUUUUCAUAAAUGGUUGCAUAUACAUGGGGCAGUUCUUCAAUAGAGCAAGGAGACAUUAAUUCAGCAAUAAUAUUUUAGAGUAAAAGUUUUGCAUUUUUCAUAUCGAAGGGGCAGGUUACAUUGGCUAACUGGCCAUAAUUACUGGUAAAAUAAUUAUAUAUAUUAGAUCACUAUAAAUAGCCUGCUCCCUGUGACCAAUGAUAAACUUAAUUCCCCGAUCACUGACCAUCUAUUAGAACAAGGUCACGCAAAUAGAGAGCAACCAUUGCUUGGAACGUAUUGGGCUAACUACUAACCCUUCACAUGUAAUUAGGUUUUCCAGAGAAGGAUGGAUGGGUCGGUGGAUUUUUUCCGAGACUGGAAUUCCUACAAGCGAGGGUUUGGACACCAGGCCAGUGAGUUCUGGCUGGGGAACGAUCAUAUUCACCAACUUACGUCCACAGGUAAUAUUUAUGUUUCCUACUGCAAAACGUGGUUCCUGUUCACUGCAACAUAUUGCUUUUUACUUCCAAAAAGUAUAGCAUAACACUUAUCAGAAAGCCGGGAUGAAUAGCUAGCACGCUUGUGCAGUUAGAAUAGUUAGAGAAAUAGUACGUAUUAUCUCUCACAAUGGUCAGCCUGUGAUUGUGAGCUUCAACUUACUUUAUAAGUAUAUCAACUGUCACUCAGUUAAACCUUCCUCGUACUGUAGUGCAGAGAAGAAGGAAGCAGGGAGACAGAGGUACUAGGUGCCUAAGCCCCAAUUUAGGCUUAAACCGUUAAAAAAACAGUUUGUGUAGAUUUAAAUUUGUUAACUUUUCUUCAGAAAAGAAAAGUUCCAUUCCUUUUAUUAAUUUUGUAGCUCGUCUCUGCACUUUUUUUUAGUGCCAUUAUAUUCAUCUUUAGAACAGGUGCCCAAAAUUGCACAGCAUAUUAAUAGUGUGGUCUCAACAUUGAUUCAUAAAGAGGCAAAAUUAUAUUUUCAUUCAGAGAAUUAAUGCCCCUUUUUAUACAUGAUAAUAUCUUACUGGACACAGCAAAUUCUGAUUAACAUUGCACAUUAUAGCAUAGUUUGUUCUCUAUAAGAAUUCCCAAAUCUUUGUUAUGUAUUGUUAUCCCUAAUUCACUACCAUUUAGGGUGUAAGUUACUUGUGCAUUCUUUACCCAAAUGCAUUACUUUGCAUUUUGCUACGUUAAAUUUCAUCUGCCAUUUGAAUGCCCAGUCAUCCAAUCUACCUAAGUACCUCUGCGGUGAAGUAAUAUCCUGCUCACAUUUUAUUACUUUACAGAGAUUUGUCUCCUCUGCAAAUACUCAAAUAUGGCUUUCAAUGCUUAUUUCAAGAUCAUUUAUAAAUAUGUUAAAUAGAAUCGGUGCCAAAACAGAACUUUGUGGGACACCACUUACCACUUUUGUCCAGCCUGAAAAUUUACCAUUAAUGACAACUCGUUGUACUCUAUCUUUAAUCCACUCUUGGGCUACCUAUGUUUAAUAAAACCAUGCUGAUUUUUACUAAUAAAAAUGUUCUCCCCAAUGAUUUCCUGGAAAUUAUCCCUUAAUAACCCUUCAAAUAAUUUCCCAGUCAUAGAAGUUAAGCUCACAGGUCUAUAAUCUCCAGGCAAUGAUUUUGAAGCCUUUUUGAAUAUAGGAACCACUUCUGCCUUCCUCCAAUCCUCCAGUACAAUUCCUAAAAGAAAAUAAUUUUGAAAGAUUAGAAACAGAGGUUUACUUAUUUCCAUACUUAGCUCCUUACAUACUUGUGGGUGAAUAUCAUUAGGCCACAGAGCUUUCUUCACAGUAACUAUCUUUAUCUUGUCUUGAGUCAUCCAAUCACAAUUUUUCUGCAAGUUUUUUUGCAGCAAUCAUUUGCAUAUCUCUUGCCUCUACUUAAUUCAUACUGAGGGAAAAUAGUUUUGUUUUUAAAUGUCUGCCCUUUCUUGUUUUUCAUAAAUAACACACUCUGUUUUCAGAAUACCUACACUUCCACUUUUUUUUUUAUCUACAUAAACAUUUUUGUGGAUGGUUUGCCUAUAUUUUUCUCAUUUUCUAAUUUAGUCAAUCUAAUCGCCAGUUUGCAUGCAUUAUUUCCUUCCUUAUAUCUUAUAGGAAGAGCGCUCACACAAAAACCAAAAAUACAGUUUAAAAUUUUACAAGGCUACUUAAAAUAACCUAUCUUAGCAAACAAAUACGGGGAUUCGGCUACACCAUAUGGUCAUAUUGUGUUAAAGGGACACUAUAGUCACCAGAACAACUGCUACUUCAUUUAGUUGUUAUUGCAAGUAUAGUCAGUCCCUGCAGGCUUUUUGCUGUAAGGCACACCUCAGAUGUCCACUAAAGGUGCUUCCUGGGUCAGUGCUGCACAGUGUGCACCACUUAUGGUCAGCGUCUCCAUACUCUGCAUGGAGACGCUGAACUUUCCCCAUAACGAUGCACCGAUUCAAUGCAUCUCUAUGAGUAGAUGUUGAUUGGCCAGAGCUUUGUUUGGCUCCAACCCCCCGUCCUACAUUCUUGGCUGAGAUCAUCAGAAUUGAUGAUCUCAGCCAAUCCAAUGCUUUCCUAUGGGACCCACAUGUACAGCUUAACCCAAUUUGCUGUAACAGCUAACCUUCCUUGUCAAUAUCAAAAUUAGGUGGUUUAUAACCUACAGUAUUUCAACCAGUAAUUCAUUUCAUCCAUUUAUUUAUGAAUUUUAUUAAUUGCAUGUAUAUCUAAAAACAGUUUGUAUAAGCUGUAGAUCUCUCGUCUGAAGUCUUUGCAAGCCCUCCCCUUCUAACCCCGCCCAGACUUUCUGUGGCUGUCCAAUCACAGACUUCCCGAUGCAGCUCAAUGAGAAGUCUUUGCAAGGCAGGUGCUCUGGACAAUUACUGCCUCUUAAGCUUAGAUCCACUGAGCUAAAUAAACCAGGAAGCAACAGGACCAGCUGGUGGGCUUGGGGGGGGAUUAACAAGGUUAAUUUAUAAAAGUGUAAUUUUUUACUAAAAUCUGCUUUUUUUGUAAAAUGAAAGAGAACACAUACAUCACACAUAAAGCUUUUCAGCUACUUAAAGUACUUUAGUGGCUUUGUUGUGUAUGUGUAAGUUUUCCUUUAAAUAUGAUUCCAUGGGUUACUUUUUGUUUUAUGUUUAACAUUAAACUAUGUAUACACAGGGCUUGUGGAAAUGGCGAUAUUCCUUAGAAUUUAAUUAGGGAGUUGUGACAAUUUAAAAUAGCAGCUGAUUUGUAGAAUUAUUUCAAGGUGAUAAUUUUGGCCUAAGUAUUCCAAAGCAGUCAUCAAUACCCCAUUCCACUUUUAAGAAAAUAUCCAUAAAUCUAAUUUCAGAUUCCGUGUCACUCUCCUUCCUCCUCCUGGCAGACACCCGAACAGAUACAUAAACAAACCUCGACCGUGUCCGUCAGUAUGUGAUUGUACUCCAUGCGUUAUUCCAUGUUUACCUUCUAUGGAUUCUUUAUAAACCAAGUUGUUUUGCCCAGCGCUGCACGUAAUAAAUAAUAAUUUACUUUUCUGAUAGGAACAUACGACCUCCGCUUCGAUUUCAUGGAUUUUGAAAACAACAGAACUUACGCCACAUACAGCAACUUCAAAAUCGCAGGGGAGAAUCUGAAUUACUCUCUGAGUUUGGGGUCAUUCACUGGAGGGACUGCAGGUAUGACAGGUGCAGGUUGUCUGUGUAUGGGAUACUCUCUUCCUUCAUAUAUAGAAAUGGUCUAUUACCGUGUAUCCCUGGGUCUUAUAUUAAUUUUUCUCCUGAAAAAUGCACUAGGGCUUAUUUUUAGGGGAGGUCUGUUUUUUCAGGGUAAAAUGGUAGCAAGCAUGUGUUAGAAAACAGGUCUACAUUCAUGGGAAUUCCCUCGAACAUAGACCAGUUCACUAGCACAUGGAAUCCGGCGAAUCUAUGUUCGAGGAAACUUCCCCAAACAUAGAUUAGCAAACUUGCUACUAGCAACUAGGGCUUUUUUUCGGGGUAGGGAUUAUAUUACGAACAGACCCUGAAAAUAAGAUGGGGCUUAUGUCUUCUUUUGGGGGGGGGGGGAUUGUGAAUUGAUGAGUUGCAUAAAAUUGAAAAGAUAUUUGCUAUUUGUAUUUGAUAUUUUUAUUUUAACAAAAUAGUGGCAUUUAAAGAAUUUGAAGGUUUCUCUAAAUCAACUGUAUGUCUGUCUUUACUGUUCUUUUGGCUCAAAUGUACAAUUCCCCUAACAUUUCUAUAAAAUACCAGAUUAUUUCAAUAAACCCCAAUGUCUAAUCCAUGAAAUAUUCACUGUCUCUCUCAUGGGACAAGAAACUGACAGCUUUAUGCCAAUCGUUUACAGAUAGAUUUUAAAUAAAGAUAUAAUUAAUAGUCACAUCUGAUUUUCCAGUAAACUCAGGAUCAUAAAAUAUUACCAGGUUUACUUACAAGGAAUUGUCAGUAACUGAGCACAAAAAUUGAUAGAUGAUGUACAAGAUCUCCAGUCUAACGAAUUAAGCUUGCUCAUGUUUCCCAGAGAGUAACUUUCUGUAAUUACUUGUUUGCUGUUCUGGGCAAAUAUUUAGAUAUAUAUUUACACAAAGUAAUAUAGAAUGCACCAUAUUUACAUGGUGGAUAUAGAGGAUCUCUGUUUAUGUUAACACAUAUCACUGGAUAGUUUGUGUAUUUAAGGGACUGCACUAGUUGUUUACACAUCGUCUUCUCUUCCAUUUACAGGUGACUCCUUCUAUGGUCACAGAGACACACCAUUUUCUACCAAAGAUAGAGAUAAUGACCUCAAUGCCUCUGGUAGCUGUGCAAAUAGUUACAAAGGUGCCUGGUGGUAUACUGUGUGCCAUUCAUCCAAUCUGAAUGGACUGUACUUGCGGGGAACUCACAACAGCUACGCCAAUGGGGUAAACUGGAGAUCUGGCCGUGGUCACAAUUACUCAUAUAAGAUAUCAGAGAUGAAGAUCCGACCUCAGUCUAACUAA